AUGGGUUCCUCUAGUAAUGCCGUCCUGACUCACCACUCCACGCGACCUCUGACUCCGACAAUAUCACAACACACCUUCCAUCGCCUCCCAGGGGACCAAGGCCAGUUCUCAUGGCGUCCGUCGCAGUAUCUCGAACUCCAGCUCCCCGCGGGCCUGGAUUUGAUCGGUGGUGAGAGUGCUCUGGACGAUGAACGGCGGAGGAUCCAUGUGACGCCAUGUAAUCCUCCGUCUCGGAAAACGAAAUCAGGGUGGGACGGCGAGCAUGAGCAUGACUAUGAGCGGGAGGCUGGCGAGGAGGCGGUUGUCUUCAUCACCCGCAACGGCAGUGUGACGGGCUUGCUUGGUCUUCCGCGAUUUCGCAGUCUGACUGUCCAAGUCGUCGGUGUUGGUGGGGGAUUCAUCCCUGAACAUUUCAGCACUUGUUCCUUGCCUCCUCCUCCUCCCUCCGGUUUAGUCUGCGUCGCCGGUGGGAUAGGAAUAUGCGCUUUCCUCCCCUUCCCCUCGAGCCCUUACGACACAAGAACGAGAACGAGACGGACCCUCCUAUGGUCUAUCCACUUCGAUGACAUCGACCUCGUGACCCAUCUCCUGCCACAAGGUCUGCUCGACCCUUGCCAAUGGACGACAAUGCGCAUCUUCCUCACAAGCGGGACCGAUGCCUUCGAACAGACGUCGUUUGCCUCUCUUGGGCCAAAAUGCGACGACAUCGCGGCACGGGUUCGCAGAUCAGGACCAUCGACGGCGACACUGUCCUUUACUGUUGGACGCAUGACAAUGGACGAUCUGUCUUCGGCGGUGAUGGCAGAGGAUGGGGGACAUGAAAGGGGAGAAACUACGAAAGAUGCUCUCUUAGCAAAUAUGACCAGCGCCGCAACCGUCUUUUUCUGCGGGAGCAAGUCGCUGGAAUGGCAGGUCAAGAUGUGGGCGUUGAAGAUGACGCCGCCGUGUCGGGUUCAUACGACUCAGCUGCAGAAAUAG